AUGUCCUACGCCGUGAGGAUUAUCAACCCCUCUACGGCGCCAAACGUAUCCGGCGACCCUCCUCCAACCACAGCCACCGUCAUCGACUACAGCUGCCUCUUCACGCACGAUCUUCGCAGAAAGCAAAAGCGCUGGCAAGAUGGCAGGCUCAAAUACCACACCUUCAACAAACGCAUCAUGGUCUACGAUGACAGGGGCAAUUUCAUCGGCGACGCCCACUGGCAUGGGGGCGGGGAUUUGCAAGAAGACGAGGAACUGGAGCUCGAUCGGGGCGCUGCCAUAGUCCAGGUCGGCGAGAGCACGGGGUCGCGCGAGCAAGACCUUACCGAAAUACUGGAUAAGCGCGCACGAGAAGUUGAGAAGCGGAGGGCCAUGGCGGCUGCCAAGACUCCGACGCCGAGCAGAGCCAGAACUCAACCCCAGCAACAGCAGCAGCCUCAUUUUCAACUGAACCACCGACCUUUACAUUCAAUAGUUCCUAGCCCAGGGCCUAUUGGACGUGCUGUUAUUUCCGACCGUUCUCCGUAUGAAGCUCGUAAAGCGGAGGGGGUGGCGAUGGAUGGACCGUCCGCAAAGAAGAGAAGAGUCUGUCCUUCGCCGCCUAGCAAGGCCGGAUUUGCGCAGAGCUUGUUUGGGACGAGGUUGAAUUUAGGCGGUUCUGGAAGGAUGGCGCCUUUGAGGAUGCGGGCGCUGAGGGAGAGGACUAAUUUGCAAAGGGAAGAAGGUGGGGGUGAGAAGAGGCCGAGUUUGGAGGGUGAUGAGGAUAUUGUCAUUGUGGAUGAGAGGCGGUCGAAAGUGGUGGUGAAGAAAUCCAGACACCUUCAGGAACCAACUUUGCGGGGUACUGUACCGGCGGCUGACAAAAUUAGACCCAAGGGUCUCCCUACAAUGGUUGAUGAGAAGCAGAGAUCAGGCACGAUGCAGAGCUCGAGGCAGCCUAAUGUUGAGUUGUCUGUGGCAACGGAUCAAACGGUUGAGAGGAGAUCGAUAUUGAAGAUCGAUCAGAAUACGAGGCAUUUUGACGAGGAGUUGGAGAAGACAGCUCCAACAAGUGCGGAGGAUGAUGUGCUGGUGGAGGAGCGACCAGCCCAACUCAAGCGGAACGCAGACUUGCAUCCCGUUGUUAAUAAUCCCGAACCACGAGCCAUGACAGAAUUGCAUGUGGAGGAAGCAGACCUGGCCAAGCCUGUUGGUCGACAUGGUGAUAGUAUGCAGACGAAGAGGCAGGCUAUACCAGGUGCUACCAAACCACAGGUGGCUGUGAAUACCGCAACUCGAAGUGGCACACCGCAAUCUUCCGCCGAAGCCAUUGAGAUUGAAUCAUCACCAGACGUUACUGAGCCUCAACAAAUCGCCCACAAGGAACUCGAACAGAGGCAAAAAGUUGCAACUAGCACUACAAUGUCCAAACCACACCGGCCUGUGUCACCUCAAACACGGCCGGAGAAACGAGCUGAAUUACGGAUCAAGCCUACACGGAGGCGAGGGCUGUUGAUGCUAUCAGAACGAAGACAGAUACAGCAAAAGCAACCUGCGUCUGUCACACCAACUUCAAGCAUAAACUCCGUCGCAGUUAUGAAUGUGGACAAUGUUGGACCAUCAAAAUCACCACAAUUACAGGUUUCGGAGCCUGACACAGAGCCAAGUCAAGCAUUCGAGGAUCUAGAUGAAGGACAAGCUAUCAAGGCGACACCAGAGUCCAGCCCUCACCAUUGUACAGAAAUGCCCAUUAAUUUUGUUUCUGAUAGUGAAUCCGAUUUGCCAGCCGCCAAGUCCAGGUCGAAGAAAUCGUCAAGAAAAAAUGCGGAAACGGUAUCGGAUUCUGAUCAGAGAGCCCAGCGGCCACGAACGAAACAACAGAGAUCACCGAAACGGCCGACAAACGGCCAAUCGAGUGAAUCUGAAUCUGAGGACUUGCCACCGAGACGGACUAGACGACUUGGGAGAAAAGCCACUUCCAGAGACAACCUAGGUCCGUCUACUGAUGAGGAUGAAGCGAAUCACCCAUCACCGAAAAAGACACGAAGAACUAAGACUAGAAGUGCUUCCGAAUCUCCCCUAACUGGAUGUUCUAGUGAGGAAGAUUCAGAACAGCCACCAGCCAGGCAGCCAAAACGAACUAGGAGUAAACGCGAUUCAGUCCCCAAUGCUGGAGAGAAGUCCGAGAAGCCCAAGGGACCGCGUAUCACGAGAAUGGCUCGAAAGAGCGUCAAAUGCAAGGAGAUAUUUGGCUUUAUGCUGCCAGCUGGUCAAGAAGAGCUCGCACCAGCCCCAUUCGCAAUGGCCACUGCGCGUAUUGGAACUGUGGGCAGGCCACCAGCGGCUCCAGCUCGCCUGCCGGGUAUUACCUUGACGAUCAAGCCUGGACCCGUGGUUUCAGCAACCCCGACUCCUGGGCUAGCUGAGAGGCGACACGUUGAAGGGACCAAGGAUUCAUCAGGGGAUGCACCCGCAAAAGAACAAAAUACUGGAAUACCAGUGCAGGAAGCCGUCCAUGACGACCCUAAGCACCCCGAACAAGGGAUGAAGCCCGUAGGCGCAACCGAAAUGACAGUGGAAGAUUCAGUCUCAAAAGAGCCAAUUGCAAAAGAAGCAGCUAUAGUAGAGCAGGGAACUUUGCCGAAACCCAUGAUUACUAACCCAGCAACUCGUGGGAGAAAGGCAGCGCGAAAAGAAGACGCGGCUGGCCUAACCCCACAAACGAUUGUUCCUUUCGAGGCACCACAACAUGCGCGAUUGUCUAGGAGUAAACAGCCUGAGCCCAGGAAGUCGGACAAGGCGUUGCCGGGUUUCACGAGUGCGAACGGAGGCGCAUGGAGCAAACACGCUGAAGAUUUGCUCGGGAUGACUCGGCCGACAGGGAAGAAGGGGCUGUCGAUGACGACUUUUGGAUAA